CACGCCUCGACGAUGUCGAGAUGUCGGAUUUGCCCUGAUCGGGCAAGUCCGCUCUCCUCAGGCCGUUGCCGCGGACGCAACGUCCGAAGGGCAUCCAUGUUGGAUCCAUGUUGAAUCCAUGUUGGAGUCAGUCAUGACGAAAAUCUGAAGAUUUCGCCAAACCCACAAGUCUUAUACGGUAUCUGGGCGUCCGAAAGCAUGAUUUAGACAGCUGCUAUGAUAAGCGUUGAGCCGCUCGUCGCGGUCCGGUCCUUUCGUCAACCGUCGAGCCUCCUUCUAGCUGCGUUGCAAUCUGUUGUGCUGGCCGUUUAAAGAGCACUAUGGCGAGCUAUCUUGGAUUGAGAGGCGGAAGUCUCGCGACUGUGAUCAGUGCUGUUUGUGGGCUAUGCUUCCUAUGUUUCGGCUAUGCCCAGGGCGUGAUGGGCGGCCUCUUGACCGUUCCUCAAUUCCUGGAGCGGUUCCCUCAACUUGAUACAUUGGACCCUGCGACGACAUCAUUCCACAAUGCAUGGGUGACAGGUCUUGUCGUAGGAGCAUGGAACCUGGGAUGCCUCGUGUCUGCCAUCCUUUGCAUCCUGGUCAGCGACUCUCUUGGUCGCAGACGCACUCUCCUUCUCGGCAUCACCAUAUGGACGAUUGGCGAGAUCAUUCAGACCUCGUCGUACAGCUUCGCACAGUUCAUCGUGGGACGAGGCAUUGCCGGCUUCGGCAAUGGCUUCACUACAGCCACAGCACCUGCGUAUCAGGCCGAAUGUGUCAAGUCACAUCGCAAAGGAACCAUCCUCAUGAUCAGCGCAGGCGCCUUCGCUGCAGCUGGGUACGCCUUAUCGUACUGGCUCACGUUCGCGUUUGCCUAUGUUGGCUCUUCGGCGGCGUGGCGAGUCCCUGUCGCCUUCCAGAUCGUCUUCUCCUUGCCCGCAAUCGCCUUGCUGAUCUUCCUGCCUGAAAGCCCGAGAUGGCUCAUCCUUACAGGCCGAGAGCGGGAAGCGCUGAAUGUGCUGGCCGCCCUGAACGAUGCCGAUAUCGACGACUUCGAGAUCAAGGACGAGUUCCUUCAGAUCAAGGAUGCCAUUCUGAUCAUGGCUCAAGGAUCAACAGCAAGCGUGUUCUCCAACAAAGAGCGCCGUGGCUUCCACCGUGUUGUCCUUGCCUACUUCGUUCAGGUCUUCCAGCAAGGAACGGGAAUCAACCUCGCUCUGCAAUACUUGAGUUGGAUCUUCUUCACCCGCAUGAACUACACCGGGUGGUUGGCUCGUCUCCUUGCCGGGUGCUCUGCUACGACGUACUUCCUCGCCAGUUUUAUUGCUGUCGUCGGUAUUGAUCGCUUCUGGGGCCGUAGGUCCUUGAUGAUGUUCGGCGCUUCUGGUAUGAGUGGGUGCAUGAUCCUCAUCACCAUCAUGCAGUAUCUCUGGACUGAGCGCAAUGUUGCUGGAGCACGGAUUGCCAGUACAGUUUUCCUGUUCGCAUUCUCGAUGUUCUUUGCCAUCGGCUGGCAAGGAAUGGCAUGGCUCUACCAAGUCGAGAUCGUUCCUCUGAGGAUCCGCGGCCCGGCAAAUGCAAUCAGUACGAGUGCCAACUGGUUGUUCAACUUUAUUGUUGUGUUCAUCACACCCAUCGCAUUCAACAACAUCGGUUACCGCACCUGGAUCAUCUUUGCUGCAACGAACCUCGCCAUCAUUCCCACGGUCUACUUCUUCUACCCCGAAACUGCAUUCCGUUCGCUCGAGGAGGUGGACGUCAUUUUCGCCCUUGCUGACGAUGAUCCUGGCAACCCAUGGUUCAGUGUUGUAGAUAUCAGCAAGAACGAGCCACUCUGGUUUGGCAAGCGCGGCGAGAAGCGUCUAGACUUUCAGUACCAAAACAGCUCUUGGCAUAAGAGGAUUGUGGGUAGUAGUGGCAGUGGUAGCAGUGGCAGUGGCAGUGGCAGGAGUAGAAACGGGACAGGAAGCGAUAGCAACAAGGCCAUGAACGAGAAGGAUCAGGCGAUUGAAGACUUCAACCGCUCUCUCCAACCUCCGACUGAAGCUGGCAUGGGUACUGUCACCUCCAACUGCUACGCUGGCCAGAACAACGGCGACCGACCGAUAAGCCCGGAAUCGCCCAUCGACCCUCGACUAUCACUUCCCAACUCGGACGAUAGCCCCCCAAUCUCCACCAUGGAAAGUGGGAACGCUCGCAAGAAGCAUAGUCGAACGCGGCACCAGGACUCCAUCAGCAGCGAGCCCACGCUCGUCCACCACGACUCACAAGACAGCGCCAACCAACAGUCAAGUUAUCGCAACAGGAGAGAGAGAAAUACUUGGUACGAGAGCAAAGAAACUCUCGGCUCAGAGGCAUCAACCGGAAACCCUGCCGACACCGCUUCGGCAGUUCCACCCAUCGUACACCGCACACGCUCCCGCAGCAACUCGGCUUCUCUACCAUUCCCAGGCUACUACGAAGUGCGCGAUCUAAGAGCCACGUCUCGCGGCCGCCAGCAGCGCCCCUGUCCCACCACUGCCGACACGCAGCGCAGCAUCCUCGUCGACGACGGCUUAGAGCAUCACGCUGUCACAGUCGGCGAGCACGUCGAGACCGAGUCGUUCCGCUCCGUGAACCAUUCUGGCAAUCUAGAUGGCGACGUCAGGACAGGUCCCCACAGGACGGUGAGUGGAUGGGACACGUAUUUCCCCGACGGCAUCGUGCAGGGUUCGAGGGACGGGAGCGUGGAGAGGACUGUUGAGAGGAAGUUGAGCAAUAGAAGUGCGAACGGUAGGCUAUUUGCGCCUAGGAACUCUGGCAGAGCGUAUUGAUUCGAGCGUGUUUCUUUGUGUAUGGCAUUGGGGGGUGGGACGAGCUAAUGUGACGGCAAAUGGCGACAUGGCGUCUUGAAGCACCAGUCUACGAUCAAAUCAGAAGCGAUACUGGUCUCUUCAAUGAUUUAUACACGUUCUUUGUAUUGAACCGGUCGUGGCUGAAUGUACCAGUAGCUUCAGUGCUCAACCGGCUGAUAUCUAC